AUGACGACGAAGGAAGCGACGCCGAUCCGCGUCGCGGUGGUCGGUUCGGGCCUCGCCGGCCUAGCUACCGCAUAUUUUUUGACACGAAACACGCGUGGUGUGGACGUCACGCUGUACGAGCGACAUGCAGCACUGGGCAUGGAUGCAGAGAGUGUAACGGUCGAGCAUGAAGGAGAACACCAGCGCAUCGAUGUGCCGAUGCGGGCUUUUUCAGCCGCCUACUAUCCGAAUCUUGUGGCUCUUUACAAGCAUUUGCGUAUAGGAUUCGAUCCUCAAUCGUUCUCGUUUUCAUUCGCUCACAAGACCAACGAUGCGCAUGGCGGCCCGGUGCCUGACUUUUUGUACAGAGGGAGGCGAAACAAGGGCCCAAGAUGCAUACGUCGUGGUUCUAUGGCUCGUCCGCUUUUCUGGGUCUCGACGGUCUGGUCUUAUCUUGUUAUGGUAAUUCUCGCAUGGCUUUACACGGUCUGUGGCUAUACCCCUCACCGACGCACCUUUGGCGAAUGGUGUGACUCGAUAUGGAUGGCACAGUCAUUCGUCGACGAACUCUUGUACCCGAUGUUUUCCUCUAUAAUGACAGCUGACAUGGCAGCUGUGCGCGCCAUGCCGACCCGAGAAGUGCUGGAAUACGUGGCUCAUACCUUCUUGUACCGCCACUACCGUGUUCGUGGCGGUGUAUCGCAGGUCGUUCACGCACUGACGGACCAUUUGCCAGCUGAUCGUGUGCGUGUUGGCGCCACCAUUACUGAUGUGUUUCCUGUGGAUACGCAUCGCAUCGGUUUGCGGUACAAGGCGAGCGAUGGUUCCCAGGCCGAAGCCGUAUACGAUCACUUGAUAUUUGGGUCGCAGGCGACGCAGACAGCGAUUAUGCUGCAGUGGUAUCAUGACCACACGCAGCCAUCGAGUCGCGCUAUUUUUUGUGCACAGCAACUUGCACAGCUACGUGCGUUACACUACAAAAAGAGUACCGUCGUAUGUCAUACCGACACGGGCAUUUUGCCACCUGAUGAAGCAGACUGGCGCGAUCUCAACUUUGUGACGCCCGCAUGCAAGGGGGCACACGAUGCAUAUACGAUGGCGACGCAUGUCAUUCAUCGCUCGCCUGCCCAGGUUGUGAUGCAAACGACGAAUCCCCUCCCUCAACUCUUCCCAGCCGCCGACAAGACGAUCCGCCAGAGUACGUUUGACCGCUUUGUCCUCACCCCCGAGGGUCGGCAGGCCCGAGAGCACUUCUUCCAGAGGCGCGGCAAACGGCGAACGCUAGGGCCGCUGCAAGGCUCACCCGAUGGUGGCGGCGGUGGCGUAUGGUUCACAGGCAGCUGGAGCUAUGGCGUGCCGCUGCUUGAGGGCUGUGUUACCAGUGCACGCCUGGUCGCCGAGCGCAUCUUGCAGCAGCACGAUCUUGAUGCAUCGCAUAUCGCUUCUAUUCUCGACUAG